UAAAUGUUACACAUUAAUCAUCAUCUCUCUCUUCCUCGCCAGAUGAACAAAACCUUUAGCUGUUGAUUUUCGAUUCUUCUUCUUCUCUCUCGAUUUCUCCUCUGAAGAGCUUUUGUAUUUCUUUGGGGGCAUGCGUUUAAGUUUCGAUCUCCGAUAGUUGAUAACGAAGAUCGUGAAUUCUUUACUACUCCACUAGUUGUUUCCGAUUGUGUAUCCGUCAGAUCUGAAGAAGACGACGUCAUGUUUUUGUUCGAUUGGUUCUAUGGAAUCCUGGCCACGUUAGGUUUGUGGCAGAAAGAGGCGAAGAUCUUGUUUCUAGGGCUCGACAAUGCCGGGAAAACUACUUUGCUUCACAUGCUCAAAGACGAGGUUGACGCUGUUGUGUACCUAGUGGAUGCUUACGACAAGGAGAGAUUUGUGGAGUCAAAGAGAGAGCUAGACGCUCUUCUAUCAGAUGAAGCCUUGGCGAAUGUCCCCUUUCUGAUUCUCGGGAACAAGAUUGAUAUUCCUUAUGCAGCCUCUGAAGAUGAGCUGAGGUAUCACUUGGGUCUCACCAAUUUCACAACCGGUAAAGGCAAUGUGAGUCUUGGAGAGUCUGGUGUUCGUCCCCUUGAAGUCUUCAUGUGCAGCAUCGUCCGCAAAAUGGGAUAUGGUGAGGGCUUUAAAUGGCUAUCUUACUACAUCAAGUAAGAAGGAAACCAGACAAAAAGCAUAUUGAUGAUUGCUUCACGGCUUUAUUAUGAAUGUGACUUCUCAUUUUUCCUCUUUUGAAAUGACAUUAAACUCCUCGUCUCUCUAGUUUCAAUAUUAUGUCGACUUCUUGUGUAUUAUACUAUAUAAAAACUCACGUUUAUUUGUUGAAUCAUGAUUAGUAGUAGUUCUUCAUGAUUUCCCCAGCCUAAUCCAAUUGCACUUUUGGUAU